AUGAAUUCCUCACAGCAAGCUAAAAGCUAAUGAUAGCUAGCUGAAGAUUGUCCAACCUAGUAGCUAGCUCUCGUGGGAAAUAUAAGAAUCGUUAGUUUCUGUGAAAUUCGUUUGUUUUAAAACGUGUAAGCUAUAAACGUGUAAAUAGGUUUUUCUUUUCCAACUCAAUAAGAUGUCAACUCCAGCAAGACGGCGUUUAAUGAGAGAUUUUAAGCGGCUUCAGGAGGACCCUCCUGCCGGAGUUAGUGGAGCCCCGUCAGAAAAUAAUAUCAUGGUAUGGAAUGCCGUCAUUUUUGGACCCGAGGGAACACCCUUUGAAGAUGGAACCUUCAAACUCACAAUAGAAUUUACAGAGGAAUACCCUAAUAAGCCUCCAACAGUGCGUUUUGUCUCAAAAAUGUUUCAUCCAAACGUCUAUGCAGAUGGUAGUAUAUGCCUUGACAUUCUUCAGAACCGCUGGAGUCCAACUUACGAUGUUUCUUCAAUCCUAACUUCAAUACAGUCUUUACUAGAUGAGCCAAAUCCCAACAGUCCUGCCAACAGCCAGGCAGCUCAGCUAUACCAGGAGAACAAGCGGGAAUACGAGAAGCGGGUGUCCGCAAUUGUGGAACAGAGUUGGCGCGAUUGUUGACGUGCUACCAUUCAUAAAGAAUGAACAAUAUCCAGCCUAAAAACAAGAAAACACAGAAGUAUCUCAUAAAGGAAAUGAAAUACAGAUCACCAUAGUAUGAAUCUGUCUCUGCAACAUUUUUGUCUGUCGUGAGGAUUGUUUACCAUUGUGUUGUUUUCCCUUCAUACAAAAUGCUUCUCCUGGACAAGAACAGAUCUUUAUAAAAAAUGUAAUGUCUUAUUGUACUUGGGUAAGCUAGAUAUUGAUUAACCCAUUUUUAUCUUGGCACAAAUAGGGUAUAUUGUGUUCCAAUCUUGUUUCAAAGACCUAGUGGAUUUAAAGUCUUAUUUCUGAGUCUGGGUUUCACAAAGGUGCUUGCAGUGGCUCAAUGAGUAGAUUCAUUAGUAAACUUACAUUCAGAAGUAACUCAUGACCUUGUGUAGAUUCAGAAAUUCACAAGAGUUUUUCCAUAAGUUUUAAUGUUUUAUAUCUCCUAUAAUAUUUAAUUUCUUGACAGUGUGAUAAACACAUCAUGUACUUUCCCAAACCAAUGUUGAUCUCAAUAACAACCCCUUUACCACAAAACAAUAUUUUUGGCAUUUCAGUAAAUGCUGAUGAAAUCAAUUAUAUUUGCAUUUUGGAUGAAGUGUUUCAAAAUUGGACGCACUUUGAAAUGCAAGUCCUGUAACACUGUUACACUGUGUUUGUGAGAUUGUUGCCUCAACUUGCCUACUCUUAAGAAUUUGUGGUAAUGGUUCUCAUGUACAGAACUUAGAAUGUAUCAAAGCAUGGUGUGUACUGUUAACACUCAUGGUUUACAUCCCCAACUACUUAAGUUAUAUUUACACAUUUGGAUUUAUCCAUAUCUAAUUACUAAUCAUACCACGUCUUUACGAUUAGUGUAAAAUGUGCCGUAGUAACCCUUGUAACUGUAUAUUUUCUUAUUGUAAAUAAAAGAACCAUACAUUCA